UGUGGCAACAGUGACAUAGGUGAGGAGCUUAUACAGCUGAAAAGAACCAACCAAGGAAAUAUGUCUAAGCGCAUCGGCAAGGGGUUAACUCCAUACCAAGGCACAAACCGUGUGUUUGGUGAAUUUGAGUGUCCUGACUGCGGUCGUACAUGGAUGAGCGGCAACAGUUGGGCCGACUGUGGCCAGGAAUGUCAGACUUGCAAGAUUAAUGUCUACCCCCAUUCCCAGAGGGCGCUGAAGUUCAGUAGUGAUGAGGGGAACCUAAGUGCACCACACCCAGAACACUUGUGUGAGAAGUGCAAGAAGCUUGGACGUUGCUGCAGAGGUAAUGCUAGACGUUUCUAGCCAAGCAAAAUGCAACAAGUGUGGAUACUGGCACAUCACACAUUACAGCACUUAAAUAGCGCUAUUUCAUGAAGAUCAGAGCGGGGUUUUUGUUGUAUAUUUAUUAAUAAACAGUAGCUAUGAAAUACUUCACCAAAAAGACAACCGGAAUAAUCAGAAACAAAAAUAAAACAAUGCAGACGAAACAAACACCACCACACCGUUCCCCACCAACUUAAAGUGCAAGGCCCGCCAGGACAGUAUUCACAGUUGCAUGAGUGACGCUGGUAUCUAGACCUGGUCAUAAAUGCUAGAACCAGCAUCUAAAUUACUAAUAAUCAUUAAUGUUUGUAUUUUAUCAUUACAUGUCAACAUUCAAUUAGUGUCACAAUAACAUUAAUAUUCAGAACGUUUUGCAAGUUACCAUUUUACUUGAAUGAAAAUGUAAAAGGUGUUUUUGUAAAAAAAUUAGUACAAUUACUAAUAUGAAAUCACCUCAUCUUUGAUUUUGUUCUUUGAAUACAAAAAUUAUGUUUUUCACACUGCAGACAAUCCUGCCUAGGUCGUGAGUGUGUGUCAUGACGUUUGAUACUAAAAUUAUGUACAGUGAAUUAUUAUUAGUAUAUUAAUUAAAAUACUAUUAAAAUAUUAUUAUUAUUAUUAUUAUUAUUACUAUUACUAUUAUUACUGUAGUUUUGA